AUGAAGACUUUCGCCAUCAUCGCUGCUCUUGCUGGCCUCGUGGCUCUCGUUUCUGCUGCUGAGGUUCCUGCUGCUGAGGCCAAGGUCGAAACCGAGGAUCACCGCUAUGGACACCGUGGCUAUUAUGGCCACCGCGGCGACUACGGCCGCCGGGGAGACUAUGGCCGUCGCGGCGGCAAUUUUUGUGUAAAGGUUGGGUACACUCUACUGCUAUCACGCGUGUCAGGCCCCCACAUCUCAAGAUCAAGACUUGCGGCGAUGCGGACGGCGGCGUGGCUCGUAUUUGCAGGCUCUGUGGCCUCGGUAGCUGUAGCGUCGGGGCCGAAGUUCUACUAUGGCUUCAGCGACUGCGUGGACGAUGAGCGUACGCUCUUCUACUACUUGAAGAGCGAAGGCACGUGCUCGUCCAACACGACGGGCCAUGUGCUCGCUAAACCUCCCGUUCACGGUCUCCGCUGUGACGUCCAAUGUGACCGUGGAUAUUAUCUAGGAGCCAAUUUUUCAGGAUCUGUGCCUGUAUCUGGCUGCGAACGUUGUCCACAGGGCAAAUACUCGCUGGGUGGCGGCAAAUUGUUUUCUCAACGCACGGAUGCGUGGAGUUCUCCGCUUUCUGCCGAGCUUCAGACCGACUGUAUGACGCAAAACAUGUACACGGGUCAAUGGCAGCAUAACUGCAACCCGUGGGUUCCUUCCGCCGAUGGGUCUUAUAUCUCAUCAGGCCAAAACUCCGGAGUGAUGCAGAACUUCGAAGGCACGAGACUUUAUUCGACUCUGAGAGUCAGUGCCACGUUCGUUCGGGACGGCUCUGUGACGUACAAGUACCGGGUGGACGCCGAGCAGCCUUAUGACGCUGGUACGUUCGCAGAAGCUGGAGACUCAACUGGGAUCGUCGCGUGUGCUGAGUGUCCAGCCAAUACGUACUCGAAAGAAGGAGCUUCGCAGUGUACUCCAUGUGGCGAGAACACGUACAGUAGUCCCGGUGCAGUGGCCUGUGCUGCUCCCCAAGCACUAACACUGAAUGCUAGUGCGUCAUCGGAAUCAGUGAUGCUGUCUUCGUCAGCGUCGUCUGAUGCCGUGUCUUCGGCGCUUAGUGGUCUGCAGGUGACGUACAAUUUGUCACUUCUCGAGGCGCUAGUGUGGGGUAAUGAGAGCUGGAUUUUGGACGAUACGGUGUACGGGAACUCGACGAGCUUGCAGUCUAUUAAGCCAGUGGAGUCGUCGAUGGCUUUCCAGGCUGACGGCCAGAAUUACUGGUUCGCAGGGCUGUUCCGUCCUCUUGGAAGUGGCUGGUUGGAGCAAGUACCUGGUCAGAUUGUGGACCAAGAAGUAGACACAACGAAGGAGGUGGCUCAUGUGGUUUUCGCUACUAUGGUUAACCCUCGUGAAGCUGGCCGAUACUUCCAACAGAACAGCGGAGUCUACGGCAACGUCAUGUGCUCCGCUCCAUCGCAAUGGAAACUCGUGAAUGGUGGCAGUCAUAUGGAUAUUUUACCGCUGGAGUCUGGUGCUGGUGUCAAGGUAUCCUUCACUAACGGAUCCCCUUGUGUUAACGGCAAGACGAUGUCCACUACAUUCAAUUUUGAAUGUGAUCUUAACAGCGGUACUACAAGCAAGCCAACGUCUGCGUCACAGGAUGAUGACGACAAGUGCAACUGGAAUAUCGUCUGGAAGACUGCGUACGCGUGUCCUGUGUGCGACGACGACUACUUCAAUGAGCUUCGUUCGACUUGCAAUGGCGGCGAGCAGUUGGUCUCGUAUGCUCGCAAGUUGGCGUGCUACGGAGGCUCCGAGUCGGAGAGUACGGAGACCAUUUCGACGUGCACGGAGAGCGCCGUGGUUCUCGAUACCAAGGCGCUUUACUCUGUUUAUGUGGCGAUUGUUGUGAUCGGCUUUGUGGUGUUGCUACUGAUGAUGGGGAUCCUCAUUAUUCACCGCAAGUACCGCAAUGCAUACAACGAUUAUCUCUAUUUGAAGGGCAAGUUACCGACGGAGGAGAAGGUGCAGGACGAUGGGUCCAAGGAGACGACGUUCGAGUUCACUCCGCGAUCCAAUGCGCUUCACAGUUCUCCUUUGGGAGACGCGUCUUCACCCGCUAUGUCCGAUCAGGAAGAGAAGACCGCCGAUGUCGAUCGAGCUGAAGUCAAGCUGCACGGCAUUCAAAGCGUCUAG